GUCAUGUACGUAUAAUCUACCUACACACGGAAACCUCAAAGUUCAAUCUCUGCGUUGAAAUACGCACAAUACUAACUUACUAUCAUACCCAAAUAUUGCAUGGUGUUUAAUAUUCUCGAUGUAAUCGAAGUAAAUAUCGUGAGUUAUUCGUUUCAUUUUACGGGAGAAAAAAAAUUUUCUCCUAACAGUGUCACAAUGCUACAAUCGUUAAUCUAAACAAACUAUAAAGAAAGGGGAACAAAGAUGAUGUUUUGCUGUUUGAGAAAUUGUUUUGACGGCCUUGGCUUUGCCGCAACUCAAACACCGAAGAGAGAACCAAAUCCUAUAUCUUUAGACACGUCUUAUAUGGGACAUGAAGUUGUGAUAGUAAAAAAUGGUCUAAGAGUAUGCGGUCGUGGUGGUGCCUUAACAAAUGCUCCUCUUGUCCAAAAUAAAAGUUAUUUUGAAAUAAAAAUACAACAAGGUGGUAUAUGGGCUAUUGGAUUGGCUACAAGAUCCACAGAUCUCAAUAUUACUAUUGGAGGAAAUGAUAAAGAAAGUUGGGCUCUUAAUUAUGAUUCUAUUAUAAGGCAUAAUCAACAGGAAAUACAUAAGAUUCAAAGUUCGGUUCAAGAAGGAGAUAUUAUAGGCGUAUCUUAUGAUCACAUAGAACUUAAUUUCUAUUUAAAUGGAAAACCAAUAGGUGCUCCAGUAAUGGGCAUAAAAGGAACUGUUUAUCCAGUACUUUAUGUGGAUGAUGGGGCCAUUCUAGACUUAAUUUUGGAUAAUUUUAUUCAUCCUCCACCUACAGGUUUUGAAAAAAUCAUGUUGGAGCAAUCAUUACUCUAGCAAAAAAUAUUAUUACAUAAGUAUCAAUCUUUUUAUUCCUUGACACUAAAAGCAUUUUAUGUCCAUUCUAUAUUUCUCUAACAUAAAAUAUGGAAUCAAAAA